GGGAGGCGGCGGCUCCGGCUCCGCCCGGCUCCGGGCCGGCCCGCGGCGGCUACAGCAGCAGCACGGGAGGAGGCUUUGACCGGUGCCUGCAAGCCCCGGGUGGAGAAAGCGGGAAGGAAGGAGCGAAACCCCAUCGGGCGUAAGUCCUCGCGUCUGAGGGGAGCGGCAGCGCGGAGGCACGGGCGCUGCCAGCCGGCGGGAGGCUGCUCCUCCUCAGUGUCCUCAGCGGGGUGACAGUGUCCCGUCUUUGGCGGGUUAGUGGAUGCUUUCUGCCUUCGGACACCUGUGUUCCCCAGAGGAGUGUCUGUAGCCUGCGAAAAGCGAGGCUGUCAGGGAAUGCGCCCCUCCCUGCCGGAGAGCUGUCCGGAAUUUCCUCUUUUCCCCAGCCUGGCUAGUGAUCUGCGGCGCGGGUCGCCGUUCUGCGCAUUCUGAAGAAAGUUUCGAUUCAGAUGCUGGCAGAGGUGGUUUGCGCGAUGUGCGCUGACUUAGUGAUGAUGAAGCGGCUCGGGCUCUGUUUCCCGUGCAGUGUCCUGCUGUCUGGAGGCACUGAACCGCCGGGAAAAUGUCGUAACUGCUGAAUGACCUAAUGUUAAAGCCGCUUAAAUCAAAAACGAUUUUUAAAAAGCUUCGGAAGCUACUGUGAGCUGUCUGUGUAGUUUUCUAUUAACGUGUCGGUUUUGUUAUCGUUACUGUCUUACAAAGUCUUCUGCGUAAUUGCUGACUGUAGGAAUGGGAAGAUUGUAAGGUGUGGCUUGAGACUGGAUUCAGUUUAACCUUUGUGCCCUACUAUCUGUCACUUCGUUUAACAUGUCCUCUUGAUUACUUCUUACAGUAUAGUUUAGGGAGAUAGACUUUACAAUAUGCCGUUUGUUACUGAUGUCUGGAAAGGCUGACCCGGAGCAGAGACUAGACAGAGCAAAAGGAAUAAAAUAGGUAUUUAUUGAAAGGAUGCACCUUGGGCGGUGCGAGAGCCUUGCCGGGGCUACAGCCAAGUCGAAUCCAAGAUGCAUUCCAGUCUCGAAUAUUGCAGUUCUGUAAGUUUUGUUUCAUCCACAUAUUGGGGUCAAUUAUCCAACCACAGCUUCAGGUUAUGAAGUCUCAACCCUUUGGCUUGCCCCUUUCCCUCACUGUUAUUUAUGUAGUUUGGGUAACUGGUGUCCUUGAAUGUCUAGCAGGGUAGGGGUGUUUUGUCUAAUCACCCAGGGAAAAGACCUUACUAACACCUAAAAUGUUUCAGAGUUACAUACCAAACAGCAGAGAGUCUGAAAAAUAUAAUAGCUAAAACCCAAGGCAUCACUAUUUCUGAUAUAAAUUGGCUAUUGUAUUGGUAUACAACUGACGUGUCUGAUGUUGAUGUCAUUAUGUCAUUCCCCCAUGAUCCUCCAUUUCUUUUUUUAGUGAAAUUUUUUUCUUUUGGAUCAAAUUUUCAAACUGCCAUUCCAGGUUAUUUUAGAUAUUCUUCAUCACUCCUUGGAUGUAGUGCAUGUACUCUUAAUUUUACCUAAGCAGGAAGAUAAACUCAGGAGGUUUAGGCAAGAGAACUUUCAAGAGCCAUGUUAACCAAACAAGAAAUCAUGUCUAUGACUUAAGAGACAGUAGACAAAAAAGCCCCCAAAAGUUUCUAAUCAGCUUUUCCAUGUCUCUUGAAUGAAUGUAGCUUAAAAAUAGCUGUAGAGUGGAGUGGAUUUUUUUGCUGUAGCUCUCAAUACUUGAGUGUAUGGGAUUUUUUUUAUAUGAUCAGGACUUUACAACACAUACACAUUUCUGUGACGCAUGACAUAAUUUAAAACUGAGUGGGUCUGAAGGAGAUGUGAACCACAUGUGUCUUUUUCUUCUGGCAGGUGGCAAUCACGACUUGUGACUCUUUGAAGCUCAGUGCACCAGCUGCAAAGUCUCUGAAAGGAUGAGAGAAGGAUGCAAGUGGCCAGUGUAGAUUUGCCCAUUGCUGUGUGGAGAUGUGCAGGUCCAGCAUGUGCUCCUCCUCCUGGGCAGUGCCUGUUUUGCACAGAGGGCAGCUCUGAGAGCAGCUGUUGCUGAGGAAUUGUUGCAGGAUCAGUCAGGGAAAGCCACUGGAGCAGCAAAGGCAGAAAUUGCAGUGUGUGUUUGAAGACAUGUAUUGUCUGUGCUGUGUGUAUGGGUGCAGGGACGUGGGCGUACCUGUGUGGGAAUAAAAGUGUACAGAGAAAAAGGUGUGGUUGUGUGAGUAAAGUGCUGUGUGUGCAUGAAGUGAAACUGUUGUAGGAACGGUGCAGAAAAGGACUUGGUGCCUCCUUGCGUGGUGCCAGAGCUGGACCAUCAUGAAGUUGGGUGCAGGAGGGGAGAGACAGAAGUGUGUGUGGUGGCAUGUGAAAUGUGCUGUGGGUUGGGAUUUCUGUUCCUUGUGGACUUGGUGCGUUGUUGCCCAGAGUGAUUUCCCCAGGAAGGGAAGGGGUGAUGGGAGAGGGUGUGUUGUGCAGAGCAGCCUUUCACGGGGUCCCUCGUGGCAGCAGUGCAGAUCUGAGAGAGCCUGGCACGGGUACGUGGGCAGGAGUCGCUCGCCUUGGUGUGCUGGAGGAGGGGCGCUCUGGUGCUGUGGCUGGAGCUGGAGCAUCUUGAGGAGGGUGAGGUGGCUUUCUCCUGAAGCACUGCUGUGCUCAUGCUGCACGUGAGUUGCUGGGGGAAGAAGGCAAGGCGCGUGAGGUGCAGCGGUGUGCUGUGCUGAGUGCUGGACUGGAGCCUGCGUGCAGCACAGGCUUUGAGAGCAGGGCUGUUGCUGGGCUGUGUGAGAGCUCCGUGUGCCUUUGGUCCAUGGCCGUGGCAGGGACGUUCCCGUGGUGGGAGCGUCCCUGUGGUGAGCCAGCGCCUGGGAGGAGGACGCCCAGCUGGGAGUGUGGAGCCUGGCCUGCAGCACUUGUGCCUGGCGUGCCCCAGCACUCCAUGGGCGUAGCUGGGUGUUCCUGGAGAAGGCCUGAGUGUGUGCAGGAGGGUGAACUGGGGGGCCAGGAGGGCUUUAGGUAGCGCUGGCUCCUGCUUUGAAACUGGCUGCUGUGCUGCCCAGACCUGCCGGGCCGGAGGCCUGGCUGGAAGGUUUCUGCCACCAUUUUGUGGGAGGGAGAUGCCAUUUUGUUGAGUGUUGCAGCCCCUGCUUCCUUGUAGCAGGAAGUACUCAGAUACCAAAAUAUUUAUAUGCAGCACAAGCGUAGGGUAUGUUGAUAGUUGGAGAUGUCUGUAUGAAGGAGUGAAUCAGUAGAUUUCUACUUAGACUUGCUAAUGGUAUAAAUUCCUAGAGGUAUAUAAAGGAGACAUUUGUAAAAGCCUGAGGUAGAUAAAGCAGUCUUUCUUCAGAGCUGAUGGAAUGAAUCUGUUUAUGUGAAUGAAAAGCAUUGCACAAAGGUAAAAGGCAGGUCCAGGCCUUCUGCCUUGCGUGGCUGCAGGAAAAGCACGGAGCUGUUCAGGGAGCAGCCAAGAGUUGUCACAGAGCAGUGGGACGUGCCCGAGGGCUGUGGAGCUGUGUGAGGUGGCUGCCAGGCAGGCCUCAGCAAGCACCGUGUCCCAUGGCCAGAAGAGUUCUGUCCCUCACUCCAGGCUGAGCAGGCUCCAUGCCUGGGUGGAGCCCAGUGGGAUGUUCAUGCAGUGCAUAUCCUGGGGUAGGCUCUGGGCAUCUCAUGGCCCUACCAAACAUGAGCAACACAGGUUGAGAAAACAGAACGCCAGAACAAAAUCCCUGUGUCAGAGGAUCACAUGCUUGGCGACUCAAGUUGUAUUUUCUCUCUGAAGAGUCUGUGGAGUCAAGGCGUUUUGCACUUGUGGGCAGGGGUAUAGGUGAAGAUGCAGGAGCCAGAACUUGUUGCAAAAGCCCUGCGAGCUGUUCUUCAUGCUUUUAAAAAUGGCAUACGUUUGUCAGAACUUCAGAGUGAAUACAGAUCCCUGACCAAUGAGUUAAUUCCCUUCAAGCACCUAGGAUAUGACACACUGGAAAGCUACUUGGAGAGUAUCCCAGGAGUGGUCAGAAUGGAAGAGAACAAAAUGGGAGAGGUCAUUUGCCAUGCUGUUAGUUGCAGUGAAACUGUGCGAGUUGCUCAACUGGUGGCCCGACAGAGGAGUUCCAAGAAGAAAACAGUCCGUCAGGUGAAUUGUCAGAUGAGGCUGAAGAACACAUCUCCAGUCAGUUUAUCAGGAAAGCCCAAAGGAACUUUGCGGCAGCCCCGGUCUUUGAACAUGCCAGAAGAAGGCAGUAAGAGGCCUGUUCCUCGCCUGCCCCGAGGCAGAGAAGUGGCAUGUGGAGGUGUGAAACCUGUUGUGGAGAGUGCCCGAUCUGCAUUACCUUCUGCUGCUGGGAGUGGACCACCUAAAGAAAUCCCCAUGCAGAGGCAUGUCACUGUGGUAAACAGGUCUGAGAAGAGACUGACUGUCCCACCACGGUUUCAAAAGGAGUUGCAAGUUCACCUCUCUAGAAGCUCUUCCACAGAGUCAAGUGAUAGCUUGAGUACAUCAACUACAGAGACACAUACGGUUUCCCCUGGCUCUUCUGCCGAUGUCCAUGAAAUUCAAAGUCGCAUUAAGGAGCUGCUGAACAAGUAUAGCAGCGGUGUCAGGCUGUCCAAGAUGCCUCAGGUCUACCAGGAAAUGUUCUGGGAGGACCUUAGCACAGAAGUGCUCUACCAGCUUGAGAACUGGCCUCAUGUGUGCACAGUGGAGAAAAUACACAGAGGUGAUCCAAUGGAUGGAUUUAUUUAUCCUGCUAAGAAAAUACCACCAGUACCAAAAGGUGAUACUGAGCAAGAAAAGGCAUCUCAGAAUGUUACUUCAUCAAAAGCAGAUCCUUUGUUAAAGCCAAAUAUGGAGACCACACCUGCAUCACUCAGUAGCGACUUCAAGGCAAAAGUUGUUAGCCUCUUGCUGAAGUAUUCUAAUGGUCUUUGGGCUCAUGCACUUCCCAAAGUGUACCAAGACACUUACCAAGUAAAAUUUCCAGAAGACAUUCUGAAUAAUCUCGAGUUGCUGUCAGAUGUAUGUGUUGUGGACUAUGUAUCUGGAGUCCCCAGAAGGGCCAUCCUCUAUGCUAAACCCCAAAGAGGCAUUGAUGAAAAUCUGAAUGUCACUGAGAAAGUCAAGAGGCAUGAUAGUAUGAAGGCCACAGCUGAACAGCAGUAUGAAGACUCCAAGGACCAGUACCUAGAAAACAUAACUGUUCCUGCUUUAGUCAUUCCAUCAGAAGGAUCUGUGUCCAUCAUGGUGUUAGAAUUGAAAAACACUAAUGAGGUCCUAAUUAGGUAUGUGGGCAAAGAUUAUUCUUCUGCCCAGGAACAAAUGGAAGAUGAAAUGAAAGCAUACUACAAUCAGAACAGUACAGUGUCACCAGCUCAGUCUCUGAGUGUUGGGCAACUUGUUGCAGUCCAUGCUGAAGAAGAAGCCUGGUUGCGUGCACGGAUAAUUUCUCUAGAAGACAACAGAGUAAAGGUGUACUAUGUUGAUCAUGGCUUUACUGAGUUUGUUGAAAGCAACAGUGUGUGCAGACUACAGAAACAGUUCAGAUCACUUCCUUUUCAAGCUGCAAAAUGUAAACUGGCAGGACUGGAAGCCUUCUGUGAUGAUCCUGUCCUAGUAAAGGCUGUGGAAUCACAGACAUGCUUCAAGAUAUUUGCUGUGGAAAUACUGGAAAAGAGUGAUACUCCUCUUCUUGUUCUCUAUGACACUUCUGGAGAAGAUGAUAUCAACAUCAAUGCUACUUGUCUGAAGGCUUUGUAUGACAAGUCCCUUGAACUGCACCUACAGGUAGAUGCACUGUACACUAAUGUCAGAGUAACCAGUGUUUCCUCUGAUGGGAGCCUGUAUUGUCAAGUGCCAUCCAAAGGCUUGUCUAGACUGUCUGAAAUACUGCAGAAACUAGAAGACUACUUUCUUUACAAGCAGACAAAUGAGUUCAAUGUAUUGCUGCCUUUCUGUGGCAAAAUCUGCUUGUUUCCUUCCAAAGGAAAAUGGGCACGUGUAGAGAUAAAAAUCAUUCACACUAGACGGGCACUUGAUGUGCAGUUUAUGGAUAGUGGAACAGUUGCAACUGUAAAAGUAUCAGAACUCAAAGAAAUCCCACCACAAUUCCUGAGAGAAGUAAUUGCAAUACCUCCUCAGGCUUUAAAAUGCUGUCUGGCAGAUCUGCCUCCUAACACUGGCAUGUGGACUCCAGAUGCUGUACUGUGGCUGAGAGAUGCUGUAAUAAUUUGUCCUGAAUUUAGCAUGAAGGUGAUUAAACAGGAUGCUUCAAAAGGAAUUGCACACAUUUACUUGUUUGCUCCAGAGAAUUUCCCAGACAUGGAUCGUAGCAUCAAUAGACAGAUCAAAAAUGCAGACUUGUGGAAGCAUCAGAAAGAUGUUUUCUUGAGUGUGGCACCCAGUGGAACUAGCACCACAAAAGCUAUAGGUGAUGCUGUUUCAACUCUGCAGUUACCUGGUGGGAAGCUGGAGAAGAGUUUCCCUGAUUCAAGCAGAGAACCUGGCAGUGCAGUGCCCACCAUUGAUAUGCCUCCUCCUCUACCCUUGCCAAAGCCUGGUGACCUCAUGGAUAUCUACGUCUCGGUGGCCUGCCAUCCUGGUCAUUUCGUUGUCCAGCCUUGGAAUGAGCUAAACAAUCUGUAUGCCCUAAUGGAAGAAAUGAUCUUGUACUAUAGCAGGGCAGAAGAGAAACCUGUGAACAUUGAAAAAAACAAGCUGUAUGCAGCUAAAAUUGGAGAUGAAUGGUACAGGGUCAUAAUAAAAGGAAUUCUUAGAAAUGGGUUUUUGUCAGUGUAUGAGCUGGACUAUGGCAAACAUGAGUUUGUCAGCAUACGGAAAGUACAGCCACUCCUGGAUACAUUCAGAAGACUACCUUUCCAAGCUAUUACAGCUCAGCUUGCAGGAGUGAAAAACCAGCAGUGGUCAGAAGAGGCAUCGAUUGUGUUUCGGAAUCUUGUAGAGAAGAAACCUUUUGUGGCACAGAUACAGGCAGUUAGUGACAGCACUAACUCUUGGGAUCGAAAAAUAGUGACUUUUCUUGUGGACACAUCUCUUCCACAUAUUGAUAGAUGGAUUCAUGAUUUUGUGUCUCAGAGUCUUGUGGAAUUUUCAAAGGGUGAUUAAUCAUCACUUCUGCAAUGUAGCAGCUUAGCAAUAAAGUAAGUAACAGGCUUUGAAGAGAAAUAUAACUACUACAUGGCCUUGAAGACAUAAUGGGGAUAUAAUUGAAAAAUCUGUGUUUGUUUAACAAGUUUGGAUUCUGUUGACUUCAGUUGACUUUCUGAAAAUUUUCACGUUGUUUACCAUUGUAAUGCUAGAAUAUUUGAGUUAAAUUAUGUUAAAAGUUAUUUAUCAAUAAAACAAUGUUCAGUUUU